AUUCUGGUUCGAAGUUCAGAGGAAGUAAGUCGUGAGCAAUAAAGCGCCGAAGUAUUUGUAAUAGUAGUUAAUAAUUAAUAUCUAAUUAUUGGGAAACUGAAACUCAUACUUCGAAAACUUUUUACAAUUUUUAUAGAUAAGACAUAUAAUAAUGACUACAUCCAACAAGAGCUUCCCUUUCGAAAUUCGAGAUAUCGAACCUGAACAAGUUGAAAAAUUGAAGCAAUCUUAUCAAAGUAAGUGAAACACAUUAUAAGUUACGAUACCACUGUGAUGCCAGUAAUAUUCCUCAAUAAUACUCAUAACUGUCCCAUCAUGCAUUUCCACCACCAUAUUUAAAUAAUAUUCCGCUAAUAUUCUUUUUUACUGAUUCCGUCCUACAUGGUGGCAUUACACCGGAGGCGUGGAGCAGAAGUGCGGUGGUCUUGUUCUUCAAGAAAGGUGACAACGCUCUCUUGAAGAACUGAGCCGCGUCUACGUGCUGUUUUCGAGAGUCAUUACGAAUCGUCUCGCGCGCAGACUUGACGACUUCCAGCCUCCCGAACAAGCCGGUUUCCGAAAGGAUUUUAGCACCAUAGACCACAUACAUACCCUUCGGCAAAUUGUACAGAAGUCCGAAGAGUACAAUUUGCCACUAUGUCUGGCGUAUGUGGACUAUGGGAAAGCCUUUGGUUCCGUCGAAAUUUGGGCGGUGCUGCAGUCCCUUCAGCGGUACCAAGUUGACUGUCUGUAUAUCAAAGUGCUGAAGUGUUUGUACAGUAGAGCUACCAUGGCUAUCCGAGUACAGAACCAGAGUAAGAAACCUAUCCAACUGCAGAGAGGUGUAAGACAGGGUGACAUUAUAUCCCCGAAACUCUUCAUCGCUGCAUUGGAAGACGUUUUGAAGCUACUGGACUGGAAAGGAUGCGGUAUUAAUAUCAAUUGCGAGUACAUCACUCACCUUCGAUUUGCCGACGCUAUAGUCCUUAUGGCAGAAUCGCUGGAGGACCUAAGCAUUAUGCUCAAUGACUUCAAUAGUGUCUCCCAACGGAUAGGUCUUAAGAUGAACAUGGACAUUACAAAGAUCAUGUUUAUUGUCAAUGUAACAUCUAUGCCGGUAGUUGUUGGGAGCACUAAGCUCGAAGUUUUUGACGAGUAUGUUUACCUGGGACAAAUAGUCCGACUAGGUAAGUCGAACUUCGACCGAGAGGUCAAUCGACGGAUUCAACUCGAAAGCGUUCGGGAAACUACGACACAUCUUCUCGUUAGACAUACCUCAAAACCUGAAAACGAAAUUGUACAACCAGUGCGUGUUGCCAGUGAUGACUUACGGAUCUGAGACAUGGUCCUUCACUGCUGGCCGUAUGAGGAAGCUCAAGGUCGUUCAGCGAGCUAUGGAGAGGGCUAUGCUCUGGGUAUACAACCGAUGUGGAAAAAAGGUUAUUGAGUGGCAGCCUCGUACCGGUAGGCGAAGUGUAGGGCGACCCCCCCCCCCCCUUGAUGGAGUUACGACAUGCUGAGACAUGCAGGAAGUCGAUGGAUGCAAGUGGCUCAGGACCGUGCUUUGUGGCAUUUCUUGGGGGAGGCCUAUGUUCAGCAAUGGACUUGUGAAUGGCUGUAAUGAUGAUGAUAAUGACGAGUAUACUUUUUAAUUGUCAUUAUUUAGAAAUUCACAAUGCUAGCUAAAUAAUUUACUUAUACAUUGUAUAACCACGCUGCAGUAACUCUUUGUGUUAAAAACAGCUAAGUUUUAUAAGAUAAGGGUGACAAAUGAGCACAUAGUUAAAAUGAUGGUAAGUAAAUGAUGAGGUCCAUAGACACCAACAUCUAUCCUCGAUUAAGAAUCAAUAUGCAGAUGCGUUGUAACCCUUGAAGAGUAAGAUGCAAUGCCUUGUUUCCAGUAAAAAAGGACUUCGGUUUUUUACAAUCGCCACAUGUGACACGAUAUCUCGUUAUUAAGCUGACAAUAAUAUAACACAGUGAAACAGUAUUAUGCUGCUAUUUGACGCUAGUAAGAGCAGUGGUAACUAUAAGCGCAUGUGAUGUCUGUCAACGCGCACUGGAACCCGGUGGACAAAUUGUUUCCAUAACCCUCUCAGACACGAGAUAGGGCCAGUGCCCUUCAUUUGGCGAACUAAGGCCGUAAAUUUAGCUUUUUUGAAUUUUACGCUAGAAUUCUGUGAGAGCGUGGUUCUUUCCUGAUUGAAAGAUCCUCUCGUGCUCUAACUAUAAUACGUUGCAUCUUGUUUCUACAAGAUUUGCCAUAAUAUCCAAAUUUUUAGUGGCUUGGCGAUAGCAACGCUAGCAGUUUUACUUACUCCAUUUUACCAGUAUUAUGACAAUCGAAUGAGACAAUUGGUAAGUGUUACAUUAUGAAAAAAUGUUGUCAAUGUUGAACUUUUUUUGAACCAGAAAAUACGAAACUAUGUACUACGCGUUUUGGACCCAAAGGUUACCUCUUCACUAGAAAGUUUGAGAGCGUUGGUAAAAAUAUAUACAACAUGGAAAUUAGACCGAGUGAUACCUUUGUUGUAACUUUACCUAGAUCAGGUACGUAUAUGUUAUAUACUGUUAAAUUUUACGGUCUUUAAUAUGUUAUGUGUUAAUUUGAAUAUUGUUUUAGAACAUUCAAUAUUUUAUUAUUUACAUAAUUUUCUUUCCAUCGAUUUCAUUCUUGAACCUUUUUUUAGCCUAACAUAGUCCUUUUCAAGAAUGUGCCAUCAGGAGUACAUUAAUAGAAUGGAACAUACACAUUAAACUGGGUAGUAACACGGUUUUGUAAACAUUGUUGAAAUCUUUUUAAUUUCACUAGUCUUAAGAAUUUGUUUUUAAGUUUUGUAUGGAGAUAUGAUCAAUCUGUCGACAUUAUUAAGGUGAACAGGUUUGGCCCAAAUACUACUUUGGGGCACCUCAAAACGAGUUAUUUUUUCUUCAGAGGUAGUGACCUUAUUGAUUUUUAAACAUUGGCACCAAUUUUUUAAAUAGUUCGCAAACACUUUAAACUUUUACUGGAAUAUCUAUGUUCUCUAGCAUAUUUAAUAGGAUGACUGCCUCGUUGGUCUAGUGGUUGUAGUAGUACGACUGCUGAUCAUGAUGUCCCGGGUUCGAAUCCCGGGUCGGGCCAAAAAAUCAGUUAUUAAGUUUUUCCGUCAAGAAAUUCUCAGUAGCUGCCCAGAGUCAGGAAGUUGGCCGUGUUUCACCCCCGUGCCUCGGAAAGCACGUUAAUCCGUUGGUCCUGCGCCUGAUCUCUCUUCGGUCGUGUCGGUUUACCGUCCCAUCGGGCUAUGAGAGUGAGGGAAUAGAGAGUGCACCUGUGUUUGUGCAUACACUUGGGCACUAUAAUCCUGUCCUGCGCCGAUGGCUAGUCUCAGUGACCGAAAUUCGGUCUGGAGGACAUUAUUAUUAUGGGGUAUUUGUAUAGUUUUCUCAUCUAGUUGGGCUGUAUAAAUAUAUAUAAUAAUAAUAAUUAUUAUUAUGGGGUAUUUGUAUAGUUUUCUCAUCUGGUUGGGCUGUAUAAAUAUAUAAUUGUAAAUGAAAAUGAUAAACUUACAUAAAUAUC